CGUUUAGUGGCGUUUGGCAAAUAGUCGCGGUUUGUUUGCCGCUCAAAGCAAAAGUUCUUUUUUCGGCGCAUCAGCGUGUUUCUAACAUUUAGUGAAAUGUCCUUACUAUUCCAUACACUGUUUCAACGUCGGUUGCCGCUUCUUGUUUUCAUUACACUUAUCUUGCAUGGAUUUGUGAUGGGCGCCGUGCAGCGGACACUAGAGGAGGCUCGUCAGGAGCGGCAACGCCUAGUACAAAAAUAUAUUAAAACACUGAAUAAGGAGGAGGGCGCCAUACGGUUGGUAGGCGGCGAAACUGAGUAUGAAGGCAACAUCGAGGUUCUACACAAUAGCAAAUGGGGCGCCAUCUGUGAUGACGAGUGGGAUGUGCUGGAGGGACGUGUGGUCUGCCGACAAUUGGGAUAUCCUGGUUUGAAACGUGUAACACACGAUGGCUACUUUGGCUUAGCUCGACGCCGUUUCUGGAUGGAUAAUAUGUAUUGCGAGGGUAAUGAACACGAACUCACCGACUGUCAUUUCGAAGGAUGGGGUACAAACGAUUGCGAGGCCAAUGAAGCGGCUGGUGUGAUAUGUGAGAGCCCAGACACCGAACGUAUUACGGAGGCGCCUUUACCAGCACUACUAUCCAAGUUUACAUUACCGCAUGCUUAUCGCAUCGACUUGCGGCUACGUGGUGGGCGACAUGCAAACGAAGGACGUGUGGAGGUGCGUAUCGAUAGUGGUCGUUGGGGUACCAUAUGUUCGGAUGGCUGGUCGCUGCUGGAAGCAAAUGUGGUAUGCCGUCAGUUGUCGUUGGGUUUUGCACGCGAUGCAUUGCAGACGGACUACUUUGGUGGUUUGGAUAUGGCACCAGCGGUGUUGAGUGGUACCGAGUGUUAUGGCAAUGAGACCACGUUGGCUCAAUGUCUCCAUCACGAUCACUUACGACCGCCAGCAGAGUGCCAUGGCGAACGUAAUCAUGUAGCGGUAGUCAUGUGUGAUCACCUAGCGCCCGAUUUAGUGGUGGAUUUCUAUGAGCUUGAACGUACCGCGCACCUGGAGGAUCGUCCGAUGGCGCUAAUGCAGUGCGCAAUGGAAGAAAAUUGUGUGGCGAAUGAAGCCUAUGACAUACAGCGCGACGAUCCGAAUUGGCGUUAUGCAACACGGCGGCUGCUUAAGUUCACAGCUAGUACGCUGAAUGCGGGAAACACGGAUUUUAGGCCGUUUAAGGAAAAACAUCUCUGGGAGUGGCACAUGUGUCAUAUGCAUUAUCACAGCAUGGAGGUCUUUGCCACAUUCGACGUCUACGAUCUAUUGGGCAGCAAAGUGGCUCAGGGUCAUAAAGCUUCUUUCUGUUUGGAGGACAAUCAAUGUCUGUCGGGUGUACCCAAGAAAUAUAACUGUGCAAAUUUUGGCGAUCAGGGUAUUUCCGUGAAUUGCUCUGACAUUUAUCUCUACAACUUGGACUGUCAGUGGGUAGAUAUUUCCGAAUUGGACACUGGCAGUUACAUUUUGAAAAUCUCCGUUAAUCCGGAGUUUAAAGUGGCUGAAAUGAGUUUCGACAACAAUGCCGCGGUCUGCAAUCUUUUGUAUACCGACACAUAUGCUCGCGUGGAUGGCUGUCGACUGGCCAGGCCUUAAGUUAUUUUCUAAGCAUUCAUACUAUAUUUCCUACUAGAAUUCCAUCACCUCUACAAUAGUGCCAAAUAACAUGUAACUGAUGGAAUAUGUAAAGCCAAACACAAUAAAGAAUAAUUUUAUUUUAAAAAGUAGGAAAA